CCCUUAAACUCUCGUCCGCGACCCGGAUUGGGAAUUUCCCACCGUUUUGGGGGUCCACCCCGCCGCAGCGCCGCGCGGCGGCGAUGGCCGUCGCAAUGGAUGGCUCCUGCCAACCGGCCGCCGGACCAUGGCUCCUCAGUCCUCGUCCACCACCGCUACCCUACCGCCUCUGCGCGCCGUCAUCCACUGGUUAACCGCCGCGCGGAAACUCGAAACCGGCGACGUUUCGAAUCCCCCGCUGCACCCAAUCCGCACCGCCCCAAACUUUCCAGUUCCCAACGAGCUAUUGCUCCGAAGCUGUAUGCUAGUAGAUGCGCUGAGUCACCGUGGCUUCUCCUUUCUCUGCCGCGGGAAGCCGCUCUCUGCCGCGUGGAGGUGAAAUCUGGAUUGCUGGCCAUUCCUUUUGUUAUUCCACUCGUUAACCAGUGUGUUGUCUGCAGCUAUUUGGUACAAUUAUUUGUAAGGAAGAUCAUGAUGGUAUUUCCAUGUCGUUGAAUAAGCGGUAAUCCUUUUUAAUAACUUAACUUGUGUAGCUACCAAAGCAAUGUAUAGAAAAUGUAUGUAUCUUGAAAUGAGUUUGAAAAAAAGCAAUGUUACUGGAGUCAUUUAGUCUAGCAAGUGGAUAUGAACAAAACAUUGCUUUACUCAUCUGCACUUCAACAAGUUUUCUCUGUUAGGAAAUAUGCAACUUGUAUUUCCUAGGGGCCAAGGGCCAGCAUAUAUACACACCUACAUGUGAUAAAUACGCAGGAAACCCCUCAUACUACAGGGAAAAUAUACAGGGUAUAUAUGGAACAUAAGAUAACUCUUAACACCCCCGUUAAACUCAGGUUGGAUCCACAACACCGAGUUUGGACAGAUAAAAUCCAUUCUGCGCUCUAGUCUGGUUCUUCGUAAAGAAAUCCAUCAAGGUAACUAGGAACACGCAUACUGAAGAGCAAUAACUUGAUCCUACACACCAACGCGCACAAAAGAAGCAUCAACGCCAAUAUGCUUGGUGAGCUCAUGGUUCACAGGGCCGCGCGCAAAACUGAUAGCACCUGUACUAACAGACGAGAGUGUAGUAGGUGUAGUAAUAGACACACCAAACUCCUAAGUAAUCACCGAAGCCACUUCUGCUGUUAGAAGAGCCAUAGCUUGCAAAGCCUCCGCACUCGAUCGGGAAACUGCAGUCUGUUUCUUCCUCUUAGCAACGAGAGAACCACCAAGAAAAACACAGUAAGCAGAAAGUGAACGACAAUUCGAGGGAUCACUAGCCCACGUUGUUAUGACCGACAUAUUAGGGGCUUAGCCCAGUGGGCUGUGGCCCAAGUUAUCUUAUCGUUAUUAGGGGCUUAGCUCAAUUAUCUUAUCGUUAUUAGGAUCGUUUUCUUAGGAGUCAAGUAAACCUCUCUAUAUAAGGAGAGGAGAUGUAUCAAUCUAAUCAAGCAAGAAGCAAUCAGUAUUUGCUCGGCUUCCCUUAGGGAUCCGGGAGACCUAACCCUAGCCGCCUCUUCUCCACCACACAAGGACGGCGCCUAGCCGCUACGCCCUCGACCUCGUCUUUCUCCAUCUUUCCCCUACAAUAUCCGCCCUAGAACCGGCAGAACCCUAGCUCCUAACAUCUUGGUAUCAGGUAGCUCAGUUCCAAUCAUGUCUUCGCCGCCGCCUAUCCCGUCGCUUCCGCUGCCGACCGUCACCACCGCGCCGCUGGCCUUCUCCACCGCGCCGCUGCCCUCCUCUUCUGCGUCGCUGGUCGCAUCCUCCGGCGCCUCCACCACCCAGAUGACGGCGCCCUCCACCGCACCACCGGCCGCCGUCUACUCCCCGGAGGAGAUCAUCGGGGUCCUCAACGAUCUCGUCACCGCCGUCCAGGGGAUACGGCUAUACCUAGCCGGCCCCUAUGGGCCGCCGGCCGCCGCGACCGGGCCAGCCGCCCUGCCGUGGUAUUCGGCACCCGCGGCACCGACCGGGCCUCUACACCACCACUGGCCGCUUCAGCCGCCACCCGUCGCCACGCCCCAAUGGUCGCAGUGGCCGGCGCUGGCCCUCGCCGCGCCACCCACGCCACCCGGGUCCUCGUCGCCACCGCCCUGGCAGCCCUCGCUACAGCCAGCCCCCGCCACCGCCCCGAUCUGGCCACAAUGGCCAGCCACGGCCAUCGCCGCGCCCGCCGCCUCUGCCGUUUCCAGGCAGCAGCAGCUGCCGCUGCCAGCGCCUCCGCCACCCAGCACCGGGCUGACUACAAGCGCGCCGGCGGGCGUGCCGAUUCAGCAAGUGCGGUUCCCGCCCUCACUGUCCCAGCUUCCGGCCUGGUUGGCUGGGACGUCACCGCCGCCAGUCUACACCAUGGCCGCGGACCAGCCGGCGCCCUCCCUGCAGUAUGACGGGCCCUCCAGCUCCGCGGGUUUUCACGCUGGCUUCGACGAGCCACCGCUUUCCUGCGGACCACCUGUGCACACUGGACCAACGCCAUCCUCUUCGCUGCUCCGUACCGCCGAGCCGUACACUCACGGCGGUCAUGCUCAGACACCGCCGCGCUUCGCCAAGCUCGCCUUCGCCACCUACGUCGGCGCCGAGGACCCCCUGAACUGGCUCAAGCAGUGCGAGCAGUUCUUCCGGGGGCAACGGACGCUCGCGUCGGACCGCACCUGGCUCGCCUCUUAUCACCUCCACGGCGCCGCACAGACGUGGUACUAUGCCCUCGAGCAGGACGAGGGCGGCAUGCCCCCAUGGGAGCGUUUUCGCGAGUUCUACCUCCUUCGAUUCGGACUACCGAUACGUGGGAGCCGGCUGGCGGAGUUGGGCUGCCUUCCCUUCACCUCUACAGUGCAGGACUACACCGACCGCUUUCAGGCUCUGGCAUGCCACGCGUCCGGCAUGACGCCUUACCAGCGGGCCGAACUCUUCGUCGGCGGUCUGCCAGAUCAUAUCCGCGUGGAUGUGGAGCUGCAGGGACCCCAGGACCUCCAGACGGCCAUGUACUACGCCCGCGCGUUCGAGCGCCGUGCGGUGGCCAUCCAGCAGGCAUCACCGUCCCGGGCCGCUGGGCCGCCACCCUAGCCGGAUGUUCCCGCGUAGGGUCGGCCUGCUCAGGCUUCCGCGGCACCCCUUGCCGUGACCGCGGCGCGCCCGUUCCGCCGGCUCACCUCGGCCGAGCUACUCGAGCAUCGCCGCCAAGGGUUGUGCUUCAACUGCGACGAGACCUACAUGCCC